AUUCGUGAUAGAUAUGAUCAACGAGCACCUACCUACGACCAAGAGACUGGUUUCCAUCCAAAGCAAGCCGCCGACUACAUCAAAUGGAUGUCAGUCCAACCUGGCUUCAAAGUCCUAGAUCUUGCUUGCGGCACAGGAGCGGUCACGAUCCCUGCUGCCAGAGACGCCGGUCCAUCAGGAACUGUCAUUGGAGUUGACAUCAGUCCAGUCUCUCUCAAAAUCGCUCGGGAGAAAGCCUUGAAAGAGGGUCUGAAGAUCAACUUUGUAGAACACGAUAUAGAGAACGUCGAAGGACUCGAAGCAGACGGCAUCGAAGAAAGAAAGUUCGAUAUUGUUACUUGUGCCUCUGCUGUUCCGGUCUUGGAGCAUACUGCAGAAGCUGUGAAAGGUUGGGCAAAAUUGCUCAAGAAGGGUGGGACAUUGAUAUUCGACGUUCCGAGUGGAGGCACAUUGAUCAAGAACGUCCUCCUUGAUCGAGUCGCACAGGAUUUGAAAGUCCCCCUCUUCAAUCAUUCUCUGACAGAUAGCACGGACAAGGUUCGCAAACUAUUGACCGAUGCUGGGUUGGAUGCUUCUGGGACUUUCGUGACCGAGGCGUAUGAGGGAUCGAUGGAGGAGCUGGAUGUCAAGAAGGCAGAUGAAACCUUUGAA